UAUUCAACACUGCCCUAUUAUCCCCUCCCUGGCGUCCGUUGGUUGCUUGGGAGCGGUAGACUUGGCAACGCUCCGCUGGGAAACUUCUCUGUCGGAGAGUCAGACCUGUCCAGUACCCGACGAACUGGAGAAGAAGGAGGGAGUCAUCGCAACGCUCGUCAGUUAACCGCCACAUUCGGCGAGGGAUCAUCUAUAGCAGCUGUAACUACCCUAUCUGUGGGCGAGUGCAGCAUCGUGACGGCAGAAGGCCACCCCACCCUCCUACCCCAGUGGGAACUGAUUGUCACUAGUGCAGAAUAUUCCUGCAGUAGGACUCCAGUCCCCAGCUCCUCACACCGUGAAAAGCAGCAAGCCGGCCUGAUGGUUGCCCCGUACGAGGUGGGUGAGCCAGUCCGAUCCUUUGUGCGUGUUCCCACUAAGGAUCGGGCUGCCAAGGCAUUGUGCUGGGACCUUUCUCGGGCUUCCUCACUGGUGGCAGCAUCAGCCCCAGUGAGGCAGCACCUGCUCCGGGCCCAGCCUCAACCUGCACAGCUCCAGGACUCAGCUGGCUCAAGCUCAAAGUCCAGCAAGGAGCAGCUCCAGGCCCAGCCCAAGCCUGUAGAGCCCCAGCCCCAGCCCCAGCCCCAGCCUGUGAAGCCUCAGGCCCUAUCUCAGCCUGUAGGGCCCCAGGCCCAGUCCCAGCCUGUAGAGCCUCAAGCCCAGUCCCAGCCUGUAGAGCCUCAGGCCCAGUCCCAGCCUGUAGAGCCUCAGGCCCAGUCCCAGCCUGUAGAGCCCCAGGCCCAGUCUCAGCCUGUGGAGCCUGAGGCCCAGGCCACCACUCCUGGUCCACUGCCUGCAGCCAGCCAGCAGCAGGUAGCAGUCACACCCAGUGAAUCCAAACGCUCCAGGGAAGAGGAACAGGAGGGGGAAGAGAGCAUACCACAGCCUGUCCUGAAAUCGGCCAGGAUUGCUGGGUUCACAGAUUCCAGCAGCCCUGCACAGCCUCCACAGUGCCUGGACAAGGAGGUCCAGUCAUUGAGGCAGCAGUGCCAGUUACUGCAGCAACAGAACAAUAACCUGCAGCGCCGCCUCAACCUGUUCCAUGGCCUGUUCCAGGACAAGCAGCGCCUGAAAAGCUUUGUGAGGCACAUGGACACCCUGGUGAAGUAAGGCACCAGCAGUAUACAUGGGGUCUCCCUGUUCAAGGACCCUGCAGUGGCUGAUCUUGAUAUCCACUUCCUGCUCUCCCUCCCUACCCCUUGCUGCUACAGGAGAUGGCUGGUGAUGAAGUGGUUGUGCCAUGGCCCAUAACCCAGGGCUGGCCAGGCAGACAAAGUGGGAGCUACAAUGUAAGGGCAACACAUGGUGCUGGCAUUCGAGAGAUUUGGGUGCCCUUGAGGCUGCCGUGUCAGCUGGCCAGGUCUUAGUGCCUGGCGUAGAGGUGAUUAUUUUGAGGCUUAAUCACUACCUUCUUUUUCCCUUCAUCGGAGACCAAUGAAGGAAAGUUGCUGCUUUAUCCUUGGUCUAAUUAAGAGCUUAGGAGAACCAGAUGAAGAGGGACCACAGAUAAUAGCAAUGGUUUUGUGGGAUGUCAGUACAACGUGAACUUGAACCGGAUGGGUCAUGCCUCAUUACCUGACAUCGUGGCUUAAUUAUAAUAAAAAAAACAUGUCUGGCAUAAGAAAAGCUUGGUAUAUGUCAACUGAGCAUAUUGCUUGAGUUUUCAUGUUUCGUGCUUCUUAGCCCUCCCACUACAUACACACAUGCUUCUCUCCCUUCCACAUUUGUGUACACUUAAUGUAAAAAACAGAUGACAAUAGGUUUAGAUCUUCUCACCUGUCAUUCUAAUCUUAUGUUCAACUCCUUAUAAAUUCAAAGAUAAUAUUCUUUUGAUGAUCACUAAGUGACCGAUGUCUUCACUGCUGAUACCGCCUGGCACAGACCCAUCCUGCUUUGAGUUGAUGUUGUACUGUAAGAGUGUAUUUCCUUCUAAUGUGUGUUCUGUUAGGGACUAUAUGUAACAGUGAAAUGUAUACACAUCAUGAUAUUCUAACCAUACAGGGUGUUUUGGGUAUGUGAGAUGGAGCAGUGAGAGGGUUUGGUGUGGUGUCACCACCACUGCACUACAGGGCUGCCUCACCACACCUGUGGCCAGGGAGCAGACUCACCAGGGACAAGUGUAGCAGCACAUAGUGGUGAGUGGUGUGCCUGUUCUGGCAGCAUAAGCCAACUGUCCUCACCUUCAGGAUGUGCCUGCUGGGUCCCUGCUCUCACAGCCGAGACUUGGGGCACCAAUGGCCACAACUCCUGGAAGGGGCGAGGGGAGCUGGCUGAGUCUUCCAGCCCAGGAGCCCCAUUCACUGUUGUGCACUGUUCCACCUGUGGUGUUUGUGUGUCAUCCCUAGCCACAUGAGUAGUGGGGCUUCCUGUGGUGGGGUGGUGGUGGGCUACACUUCAGCCUGUCACUGUUCCGUUGUUCACUGAUGAAGAAAUAUCCUACAUGGUUAAUACAUUAGUCAAGUGCAUUUUGUUUCCAUAGCAUUGAACUUCUAACUACAGCCCCACCUGCAGACAAGUACUGUGCAUGCUGGAGGUGAGGCUGUUAUUGCAAGGAUGUUGAUUGUAUGGGGGUGAGAAAGGGAUGGUUGGGAACCUUUUCUUUGAUAAUAUAUCUUUGACAGCACUGCUGAGGCCACAUGACUGGAUGUGGUGGCAACACUGGUGCCUGAGGCAGAUAUCUGAGCCACCAGUGCUGCUACACACCAGCACCUGAGGCAGACAGUUCACCCAAAAACCAGUAUUUAAAGUAAGGAAAUUUUUCCUGUAGGUAGUGGAUAUGAAGAUCAGUAUUUCAUUGCAGAAAGAUUGCAGGAGCCACUUUCUGGGCUAUAGGCCUGCUUCACUUGGCUAUAAGGAGCCACUUUCUAGGCUAUAGGCCUCCAUCACCUGGCUGUAAGGAGCCACUUUCUGGGCUAUAUGCCUGUUUCCAGUUGGCAAGGAGCCACUUUCUGGGCUAUAUGCCUGUUUCCAGUUGGCAAGGAGCCACUUUCUGGGCUAUAGUCCUGUUUCCAGUUGGCAAGGAGCCACUUUCUGGGCUAUAUGCCUGUUUCCAGUUGGCAAGGAGCCACUUUCUGGGCUAAAUGCCUGUUUCCAGUUGGCAAGGAGCCACUUUCUGGGCUAAAUGCCUGUUUCCAGUUGGUGAGGAGCCACUUUCUGGGCUAAAUGCCUGUUUCCAGUUGGCGAGGAGCCUCUUUCUGGGCUAAAUGCCUGUUUCCAGUUGGUGAGGAGCCUCUUUCUGGGCUAAAUGCCUGUUUCCAGUAGGCAAGGAGCCACUUUCUGGGCUAAAUGCCUGUUUCCAGUUGGUGAGGAGCCUCUUUCUGGGCUAAAUGCCUGUUUCCAGUUGGUGAGGAGCCACUUUCUGGGCUAAAUGCCUGUUUCCAGUUGGUGAGGAGCCUCUUUCUGGGCUAAAUGCCUGUUUCCAGUUGGCGAGGAGCCUCUUUCUGGGCUAAAUGCCUGUUUCCAGUUGGUGAGGAGCCUCUUUCUGGGCUAAAUGCCUGUUUCCAGUUGGCGAGGAGCCUCUUUCUGGGCUAAAUGCCUGUUUCCAGUUGGCGAGGAGCCUCUUUCUGGGCUAAAUGCCUGUUUCCAGUUGGCGAGGAGCCUCUUUCUGCUCUAUAUGCCUGCUUCCAGUUGGCAAGGAGCCACUUCCUGGGCUGUAUGCCUGUUUCCAGUUGGUGAGGAGUCUCUCUCUCUCUGGGUUAAAUGCCUGUUUCCAGUUGGCAAGGAGCCACUUUCUGGGCUAUAGGCCUGUUUCCAGUUGGCAAGGAGCCACUUUCUGGGCUAAAUGCCUGUUUCCAGUUGGUGAGGAGCCUCUUUCUGGGCUAAAUGCCUGUUUCCAGUUGGCAAGGAGCCACUUUCUGCUCUAUAUGCCUGCUUCCAGUUGGCAAGGAGCCACUUCCUGGGCUGUAUGCCUGUUUCCAGUUGGUGAGGAGUCUCUCUGGGUUAAAUGCCUGUUUCCAGUUGGCAAGGAGCCACUUUCUGGGCUAUAGGCCUGUUUCCAGUUGGCAAGGAGCCACUUUCUGGGCUAUAGGCUGGUUUCCAGUUGGCAAGGAGCCACUUUCUGGGCUAUAUGCCUCUUUCCAGUUGGUGAGGAGCCUCUUUCUGGGCUAAAUGCCUGUUUCCAGUUGGUGAGGAGCCUCUUUCCGGGCUAAAUGCCUGUUUCCAGUUGGCGAGGAGCCUCUUUCUGGUCUAUAUGCCUGUUUCCAGUUGGCAAGGAGCCACUUUCUGGGCUAAAUGCCUGUUUUCAGUUGGUGAGGAGCCUCUUUCUGGGCUAAAUGCCUGUUUCCAGUUGGCAAGGAGCCACUUUCUGGGCUAUAUGCCUGUUUCCAGUUGGCGAGGAACAUCUUUCUGAGCUAAAUGCCUGUUUCCAGUUGGCAAGGAGCCACUUUCUGGGCUAUAGGCCUGUUUCCAGUUGGCAAGGAGCCACUUUCUGGGCUAAAUGCCUGUUUCCAGUUGGCAAGGAGCCACUUUCAGGACUAAAUGCCUGUUUCCAGUUGGCGAGGAGCCUCUUUCUGGGCUAAAUGCCUGUUUCCAGUUGGUGAGGAGUCUCUUUCUGGUGUAUAUGCCUGUUUCCAGUUGUCAAUUAGCAAUUUUCUAGGUCUAUUUCACUUGAGAAGUAGCCAUUUUCUUGGCUAUAGGGCAGUUUCCAAUGGCAAGAAUGCCUUGAAGUGCAGUGGCAUCUGGAGCUGUACAUCACCUAUAAAUGGUGUGGCAUGUGAUGGCCAUUUGACAGUGCCACUACAGCACAACACUUGUGUUUCAUAAAGGUCCUGCUGACAGCACUACCCAGAGGAGGGAGGGUGCAGUGUGUUGGCCCCACCCACAAGUUGCACACUGUAUGCUAAUCCCUGUGAUGUGUCACCAUGGACAGCAGGAGUUUGUGUUGCACAAUAAUACUUUGUUUACAUUAACACUAUUACAAAUACAUGUGAUUAUAACUAUGUAUACAAUGUGACCAUUCUGAUGAGUUUUGUUUGGUGCAGGCAAGUAUGUACUAGAAUGAGUUGUAGCAAAACAGAAGUUGUCAAAGUCCUGCUACUAAAUGUGUAGUUCAUUGGAGUACCAGGUCUGUUUCCACCAGGAGCCUCUGACUUCUGACAAGACAUAAACAUAAUCUUUCACUGGCCCUGAUUGCCUUCACAUAGCGAAGCAAGAUGUGCUUAGGUCUUUAUUUUGCAAUCAUAUUACACUGAAAUUUUCAUUUGUGGCUCUUGGUAAAUCCCAGUCUGCUAAUUGCUAUGUAAAAUCACUGAAAUCAUGAACGGUUAGAUUGUAUGUAUAUCUAAUGCUAUGCUUGGCCAGUCAUUACCCCCCCCCACUGGUAAUAUUCAUGGUCAGAAGGUGAUGAACUUAUUACAUUUACUUUUAUUGUACUUUGUGUUUUCCUUCAAUCUGGAGUUGUCCGAUCAGAUAAUAACUUGUUGAAUGUUUGGUAAAAAGAGUGUCAGGAAAUUAAAGAAUUUCUAUUUGAGACAGAUUUGUUAUGAGGUCAGCAAAUUAGGACUAAAGAUUUAGAGAAAGUACUGAACCCAAUGGAAGUGAGUGUGGUAUGUUCACUGAUUUCUGACUGUGACUGUAAGGGGAGUAGUGAGGCUGGUGGGCAUCUGUGGGGGACAUGAGCAACACUACAGUGGCCGGGGGAGCCGAGGCACCGCCCAUGGCCCAGGGCUCAUGGGGUGACAUGUUGAUCCUGUGUUAUUCUAGAAGGCGUGAUGCAGUCCAUUAUUUAUUAGUUGAUGCAUGUGCUUGAUCAAAUACUGGGCUGCCUCUUCUGUAUUAAAUUUUAUACUGGAUACAUAUAUUUCUAUUUUCUUCUAUAGUUUUGUCUGGAUGUUCUGAAACUACAUUGAGAUUUUUCAAAAUGAUCAGGGAAAUCAUAUCCAUGUGUAGUAUUUGAUGUAUUUUGUAUAUAUUUUGAUACACACGGAUUUACAGUUUUUUUUUUUUUUUUUUUUUUUUUUUUUUUUUAUAUAUAUAUAUAUAUAUAUAUAUAUAUAUAUAUAUAUAUAUAUAUAUAUAUAUAUAUAUAUAUAUAUAUAUAUAUAUAUAUAUAUAUAUAUAUAUAUAUAUAUAUAUAUAUAUAUAUAUAUAUAUAUAUAUAUAUAUAUAUAUAUAUAUAUAUAUAUAUAUAUAGAAUGCCCAGAUUCAGUCAUGAAAUCAACAAUCUUGGAAACAUCUGUACAUUUGUUUCACAUUAACUUAUUUGAUGUCAUAUGAUUUUUCUUUUAAUUUUCUGAUGCAGAAUGAGCCUCCCCUUGGCUUCUUCCUCCACAGCCACCUAUGCUUAUUAAUUCAAACAAGGUUUAGUUAAUAUUAUGUUAACUUCACAUGUUUCUUCUUGGCUUACUUAUGUUAUAUCACCCCUCAUAGUUUUUCUACUACUGCAAGAGGUGGAGCAACAGCAGUAUGUUGUUGUAAAGUGAUUAUGUGUUGGUGUGAGAGGGAGUUGAUGUGAAGGUGAUGUGUAUUCAUUAUGAUCUUAAUGGUAAUUAUUAUUAUUAUUAUUAUUAUUAUUAUUAUUAUUAUUAUUAUUAUUAUUAUUAUUAUUAUUAUUAUUAUUAUUAUUAUUGUUGUUAUUCACUGCACAAUUUGGUGUGAUAAUGAAUUUGUAUGGUGGUGGGACUCAUCUCAGGCCCUCAGGGAGCCGAAAGGAGGGAGGCCAUUGGCAGGACUCGCAAUUCACCAUGAUCCCCCAUUCCAACCCCUCAAGAAGUAGGUCAGGUUGUGGGUGUCAAGUUGGUGAGGAAUUACCCAUUUAUCACCAACUGCCAUCCACACCCUGAUUUUCCCGUGUUGGGCUGGGGGCAGGGUUCCCCCAGUGGCCUUCCUCCUCUUGACUUCCUGAUGGAGGCUGAGACAAGACUCAGCACAACACACAGUUCAGAUCCCACUGGAUUUUGCUAUAAAGCUUGUCUUUAUAUAGCUAUUAUUAUUAUUAAUUUUAUGAAAUAUUUUGUGUGUGAACUAUAUUCAACUAUUACUACUACUACUUUGUAUUAGUACAAGUACUAGUACAUGCUAUCAUCAUAUGUAUCACUACUUGCUUUUUGACAUGUAGAUUGUGUUACAUCAUGAGUACAACAAUGGGCCAAGCUUUGGAGGUUGGAAUCCAGAAAACCAAAAGCUGAUCACACUUAGAGGAGAUGUUUGUUUGCAUUCACCAAUUAUGGUCAGCCAUGCAAAGUUAGCAGUGCUGGGACAUGUUUCUUUUAAGUUGAGCAACGUCUCAUCACCAUAUUGUUUAGUGCUCAUAUUUUCCUCUAUGGCUAAAUAAAAUAAUAAUGAUGUGGUCUAGAAUCAGGUUUAUAGUGUAUGAUGAUUCUUGCCUCCAAAAGUGACACGUGUGGUAUCUUGUCCUUUGUUGUAAUCAGUGGUUCAUGUAUUCUUGUGUUCUUACCUUUGCCAUAACAUUAUUAGUAUUGGAUGGUUGGUAGAACAGUUAUCAUUUCAUUGGUAUCAUCUUAAAACAUGAGGAUUUAGUGUACAGUCUCCAUUAUUCACUGGUGUCAAGACUGAAAAAGACAAGAAUAAGGAAUUAUCUUGGAACUUGAAUGUUUGUAAUAAAUUUUGAAGAGAAAAAAUGACUAAUUUUUAUUCAUCUGUUAUGUAAUUUUGUUUCAUUCCUGAUGACAUUGUGUAUUUGUAUGAAAGAAAGAGAAAAAUAUUAUUUAAGAUAGUUUGAUAGGCAUUAAGAAAAAUUUUACUUUUUAAAACAACAUUCCUCAAUUCUUUAUCUGGAUUAGCCUGAGACACUGUGGUCAUCCUUGGCAUUGACAGGGUAGUAGACAAAUUUUACUGUGGUUGUGGCAAUAGUGUUCAGGUUCCUGCAAAAAGUGAGUGUGUGAUGGCUGACUAGGCCAACUGUGCGCAUGUUGCUGCUGAAAGUCGUAACUGUUAUUCUGUUUAAUUAGGCUGAAAGGGUGUAAUUGAUGUUGACUGUUUUUUAUUCAAGGUGAAAGAAAUUGAAGAUAUGUUUUUGUAUAUGGUAAGAAAAAAAUUGAGGUAAUUGUUUUUGUUCAAGAAUUAAAGGAGACGUCAAAAAUAAAACCUCAUGCCCAAAUAAA